AUGGCAGCAAAUAACACUUCUGUCCCAGGUACGCUCCAAGUGCGGAAUGUAUUUUAUUCUUUGUAUGAAAGUAGGGCUACAGUGAUUUGUAUAAGUUUUAAAAGUUUCCAUUAAAUUUAACUGUUGGGUUGGUUCGUAGGCGAAAUGUAUCUCGAAAAAUUAUUUGCCGUAAUAGGUUAAAAGUGGAAUUUUCUCCGAUACUGAUUAAUAACGUCUAGGAUUUAUUUUUAUUUAAAGGGACUUUUGACGCACUUUUCGUUUCCAUGAACAAGCCAAGGCACUUUUUCUUGAUUCCAAAAAUUUUUGCAUGGUCCUAUUUCAAAUCGUUCAUGUCUUACGGCUUGAUUGUGCGAAGACUAACCCUUACUCUUAGAUGGAUUUUCUAAGAAAUAUGUAAUGUCAUGAUUGUACAACGAUGAUUUGAAAAACUAGGACAAUGAUUUGAGGAAAUGUACAAUUUUUGGGUAUUUCUUUUUCUUUUUUGUAACAUUUUUUGGAAAAGUUUCCCCUCAUCUUUAUUUAUAUAUAAUUUUACAUGAAAUAUUCAGUUGUCGUGUUCGAUCAAAAUACACAUGAACUGUAAGAGCGGGUGCUGUUAGUUUUGUUCUAAGUGUCAUUCUGUACGGUCUGAAUUAAAAGGACAGAUUAUGAAAAUCCAAAAUAUUUACUGUCCCGGUUUACUUUGUGUGUGUUUUUGUCGCAAAUAAUUUUAUGUAGCGCUAAAAUAAAACUAAUUUUAUUACCAUAGCGAAAUUAAAUGAUCAAAUACUGUAGCUUUCCCUGGAGGUUCAUUAAAAUCAAAGACGAAUGAGUGACAGUUCGUGAAUAAUUUAAACAUUUGUGAACUUCUCAAGAGAACUUAAGAAGAUUCAUCCCUUUUUAUUACUUGAAAUAAUUGAGAAAUCAAAUCCAAGUUGACGUGCAGCUUCCCUUGUGUUCUUUUUGUGCCGAUAUUCGCCAACGUAAGUAAAAGUUCAAAAUCCCGCCUUAGUGCUACAAAACAGUUUCCACAGCUGCUGGUAUCAAAUGUUCCCCACAGGUAGUUUUUUUUCUAUCCAAGCAAACUGUUUCAAUAAAGAAACCGAUUUAGUUAAAUCUAGUUAUUACUUUGGAUACCAUUUAUCGGACCGGAAAAAGUUGUUUUGUGCAUAUUUUAGCAAGUGAACGUAUCUCAAACUAAUUUCCGAUUUCUUUCCAAGAAAAACUUUGCAUAAAAGCUGGCAAGCCAAUGCAGUGAACGAAACAGAGCAUGUCAGGACACAAUAGACUUUUAAAAUGAUUCCUAAUGUUGGAAAUAUACUUUACUGCUUUCUUCAAAAAAUUUGAGUCGUGCUUACCCCUAAAUUUUUCCCAAAAACUCGAAAUUUUUGCAUUGAUUUACACUUACAACAGUAUUCAUUUAUGCAGGCGCCCGAGGCGAAAAGAAACAUCAUAAAAAUGUAGUAAGUUAAUUAAACAGCAUCUGCAGGUCAGUGGCGGCUUUCCUUAGAUCGUUCUUGGUAAAACGAAAAAUUAUAAUAGUGUAGUUCCUUUCCUUCUCUGUACUAAGCUGACAAUUUGACUUUUUGCCCCAUCCACAGUAAUUGUUUUUGACCUCCUUUCAUCUUGUAUCUUCAGACCAUGGGUUCUUCAAUAGUUUUUUGAUGAGUAAAAUUGUCUUGGUAACAGUUUUUGGCUCUUGAAAAAUCGGUCUUUGCACUCAUCUUUGUCACUGUUCACCAUCCUCGUUCUUUUUGGGUUGUUUCACCAAAUUUGGUACUUUGUUAUCUCAAAGGAAGUCACGUCGCUUUAAGUCAGGUCGCCCUCAAGUUGAGUGACCUCGUCUCCAAUUGUGGUUAUGUCGCCGCCCUCAAGUGUGAUUACCUAUCGCGGUGCGACUAUGCAAACGAAUAUUUCAAGGUUUUGUGCUUUUUUUUUUUCUUUCGUCGACUUCCUUUGUUGUCUUGGAUAGUUCAGGGCGAAAAAGAAAUUAAAAUGCUUCGUUUGAUUGACUAGGCCAAUAAAUAUUAAAUGCAAGCUGUAUGUAAGUUCAUUACAAGUUAAACUGACAGAUAAUAUUAGGCUGUUGGCUUAAAAACUAAGUUGAACUGAUUUGGCAAGUGCGACCACUGGAUUUGACACCGAGUAAAUUUAUAUCACAAGCGUUGCUUUUGGCUUCAACCUAGGAAUAAUUUAUAUUAAGAGAGUGACUAUUGGAAAGGGAGUAACGAAUCUGUAGAAAUAAGGGGUUCAUUUUGUGUUCUUGUCUUCUUUUUAUCUCCAGAUAUGGAAAACGCGACGUCAUUAAGUGGUGAUGAUGUUCACGGGGCUAAAGUGUGGAUGACUCUCGCUUAUACUGUUAUCUUUAUCUUUGGCUUCUUUGGUAACACUUGUAUCAUUUACAUUGUGGCAACUCGUGCGAGAAUGAAGACUACUUUCAAUUUUCUAAUUGUUAACAUGGCGAUCGGCGAUCUGCUGGUUUCUAUUUUCAUUAUGCCUUUUGAGGUGAGUCAAACAGCACUUGCUUUGUAAAUAUACGAGUACAUUGACAAUUACAUUCAAGCCUCAAUCAUCAAAGGGGUUUUUAAUAAUAAGUAUUCUGGUGCAAUGAUACUCUUUAAUAUGGGGCUAAGUUGGUUCUCUCCAAGUUUUAAACUUUUCUUGUUCUCCGCUCUAACUGUGCCUCUAUUCCUUCAGCUUCUUCGCGAUAUUGCUAAGUUCAGUCAUACGCACGCACACAUUAUUAGUUUUGUCUGAAACAGUCGAACUUGUAUAAGUGGGCACCCACGAGGAAUGGGAGGGGGGGAGGCGGGUGCUCCCUUUGUACAGUUUCAACAGAUCAGGGGUAUCAUAAUAAACGGUGCACAACACCACCUUAUGCCAUAAAUGGCCAUUUAAUGUGCUCAAAAAUACUACUUACUUUGAUUUUUAGAGAGAAACAUAGAUCAAAAUUUGAAAUAUUAUUCUUAGUUCUAUUUGGGUGGUUCCGCUUUCAGUGAGCGUUCGAUACAGGUGGAAAAUAAUAAAAACAGGCAGUCAGGAUGUAGUCACAAGUAACUGCGACCGUUUAAUAGAGGUCACCGCUCAAUAAAGGUGAAAAUUACAGUGAUUAGGGGGAAACAAAUUGGAGACUUUAACAACUGAUCGCUUAAUACGGGGUGACCGCUAAAUACGGUGCCACUUAAUACAGGUUCGACUGUAUUCCAUUCCAACAAAGGAGACUAGUAAAAUUAGCUACGCAAAGGUGAGACGGAGCUUGGGCUCUAUGAGGAGUAUCAUUGCAUUUACCAGAAUGAACUAUUUCAAUGUUUGUGGAAGCUCUAGCUUUGUCGCUGACAAGUUUUUUUUUUAACUCACAGCCUGGGUAUGUUUAUGUCUUUUUUUUGGUCUUUGUAGGUGAUUUUUUUGUACAUUGGAUUGACGUGGUUACCCGGUGGCUUUGGAUCAGUGACCUGCAAGUUUGUUAAAUUCUCAGGGGUUCUGUCCAUAGCAGCCACUAUUAUAACCCUCGUGUUUAUAUCAUUGGACCGCUACUUUGCCAUUCUUCAUCCAUUCGCCGACGUCCCCAUUAUUCGGAACACUAAAUUAGUUACCUCUCUGAUUUGGAUUUCAUCUUCGCUGUAUUUCUCUCUGUAUCUGGUUCUUUUUGAUAGCGUGCCUUCUGCUGACGGAUCUUCCUGGGAAUGUAGAAUGAUCUGGAGCUACUUAUCCUCAGACAGGAUGAAACAAUUCGAAAUUGGCAGAGCUUACUUCAUGACAACCUUUGUGGUGCUGUAUCUGUUUGCACUUGUAAUCAUUGCAACCUUGUACAUUCUUAUUGGUCGUCGCCUCUGGUCACGUGUGAUUCCGGGGGCUUCAACUGCCAGUCAAAAGCGUCAAAACGAGUCGUCUAAAAGGAAAGUACUGCGCAUGCUCAUCAUUGUUGUUGUUGUCUUUGCGCUGUGUUGGCUGCCGAGUCACAUUGUGCAUUUGAUGGGUUAUUUCUUCACCCCGACUUACGUUGCUUUAUUUUCACACGAGUACUUGGAAUCCAGCUUUUACUUUCUGUCGCACGCCAAUAGCGCUAUAAACCCGUGCCUGUAUAUUUUUCUCAACCAACGAUUUAACCAUGAAUUUAAAAACGUUGUCCGAUCUCUUUUCUGUCGUCCAGCCAAAGAAGACCUAUUGGGUCCUCAGUCAGUUUACCAAAGGUCUACUGAAGGCACGAUGGCCAUGAAAUAA